GGCCACUGACUCCAAAACGUGCCCCGCCCGACCGACCGGAGCCGAACGGAGGAGCUCAGAGGAAAGAGGAAGACAAGGGAGCUCGCAGAAAUGGCGAAGAAAGCUUCAAAAUCUCAAGACUCAGCUCCUCCUCCAUCCUCUUCUCGAACGCCAGCCCCCUCCGCCGGAGCUUCCGAGGCAGCUAACGCAGAGAGAAUGGUUUUGAGAGCAAAGUCGAGUGAGAAGAUGAAGAGGUUAGCAGAGAUGAGCAGAGAAAGCGAGGAUGAGCGGAGACCCAAGUCAGCAAAGACUUCAAAAGGGUCUCUGAAUAAGAAGAAGAAUCACAAGCUUGACUCUAAGAAGCCCAAGAAACCACCAACUGCGUUCUUCUAUUUCCUGGAGGAUUUUCGAAAGGAAUAUCAGGAGCAGAACCCAGAUAUCAAGUCAAUGCGGGAUAUCGGAAAGGCUUGUGGCGCUAAGUGGAAAACAAUGACGUACGAGGAAAAGGUCCAGUACUACGAUAUAGCUGCCGAGAAGAGGAGAGAAUUCGAUCAAGUGAUGGCAGAAUACAUCAAGAGGAAGGAAAGUGGGGAAGAUCCCGAAAGCGAGGAUGAGACCGAGUCUGACAAAUAAGCUGUAACAAUCUGCAGAUUCCUCUGUAGGACCGGAAAUGGUAGUUGUAGAACAUUGAUUGUGUGUAAAUUUUAGGCAGUGGUAAUUAGUUGGUUAAUCUCUUUUGUAACCAUUGGAACUGUUGCCUUCAAGUGAAAUGAGAGGACAGUUUAUAUGUUUUCCCUAUACAAAUUGCAAAAUAGCCAUUGA